AAUUAAACAAGCUCAUAAGUUUAAUAGGAAUUAAAAUGUUUUUACAUUAAACAAAUAAAAAUCGAUAAAUUAAUGCAAAUCCAAUUGUAUCAUGUAUCAAGGAAAACCGGGACGUCUAGUUAGGUCGUCACCCUAAUUCGCAUCCGUAACGGCAGUCCGGCGUCAGAGGGGUGAAAGGACAGGGUUGUUGGCGCAUGGAAAAGCCAAAGGACACCGCGUCGCUCUGCGGCAUCGGCGAAUCCGACGCCUCAGAAGCAUCCGCGAUCUAGAACCGAGCAGCACGUCGACACUCAGGACACAACAGUCUGAUUAUAGACUGACAGAAAGACAGAAGGAAUAACUUAACCUCGAGGAAGACGUUCCAUGGAACUGAAGAAAGAAAUUCGGAAGUGACUGAUUACUCAGUGAGGAGAAUAUUUCUAGUAAAUACAACGAGGUGAUUUAAUCUUUGGCUGUUUUUGAGACACAUGAUCCGGUGAUCCUUAGGAUGACGACUACUAAUACUUCAUUUAUCGUGUCGGUCGUCGCACUACUUUUGGUUAUCAUUACUACCGUUCAACAUGGCCAGGCAAUAAUUUGCUACGAGUGUAACAGCGAGUACGAUCCAAGAUGUGGUGAUCCCUUUGAUCCAUACAGCCUCGGCACUGUUAACUGCAGUUUUCAACCCCGUUUAGAACGUCUCAAGCAUCUGGAGCCGACUAUCUGCAGGAAAAUAUCACAGAAAGUAUAUGGUAAAACAAGGGUUGUACGAGGAUGCGGAUACAUUACGGACGUAAAAGACAAUCACGAAUGUCUGGUUAGAAGCGGAACACACGACGUGCAUGGCUUUUACUGUGCGUGUACUGAAGACCUUUGUAACGGAGCCGAUCCAAAGCUACCAUCAGCAGUAAUGAUAGCCGUCCUGGGAAUCAUCUUGGCGUGGACAACCAUCUAGAGGGUGGCCUCUUAGGAAGAUCUAAUGACCGUAGCUGAUUCGAUACUACUGACAGACUUGCUCCAGUUUGUAGGCUGCUCCCCGGGACUCGAUAAUCCUGAGAUCAGGAAUAUCCGUUCUUUUGAGGACUUAUGAGGAUGCUGGAACGCUGACGCGGAACACAGAACAACAACCCCUUGUAAUAAACAUAUCAAGUGGAAUAGUGCUCUGCACAUAGUCAUCGAUCGAUUCUGAUUGUUUUCUACUGAAAUCCUAAAGAUCAAUCGAUAACGCUGAAGCGUUCAAGAAAUGUAUGAAAAUUAAUUCAAGAAAAUCGUUAUUAUUUGCUCAAACAGUCGUGGACACCGGAUGGAAUUGAUCGUACGAAUUGAAUCGGUAUACUUUAUGGGAUCAGAGAAUGAUUUGAAGAAAUACAAGGAGUUGCUGCAGUGGAUUUAAGAUUGAAUGCAAGAAUCGAUUACAUUAAGUAGUAAGACAAACUGCCAGAUACUAGACCUUAUCAUUUUUGCAAUACAUUAGGUGAUAGUAUAGUUAGUGAACGAGAAGUAGAGAAGGAGGUGUCGAAUAUUAAUUCAAAAACACGUGAAGAGAACGAAGAUAAAGGGUUGAUUAGACUAAUAAUAAGGUCAUGUCCAAGACCUAUGCUUUGUUGAAAAAAUUUUGAUUCUGUGGUGCAACAAGAGGACGGAGCAGAAAUCAAUAAAUACAAAGAAGAAUCGAACGAACACGUCCACACCUUGUUCGUUAAAUGAUGUUCUUUGCGCCGUUUCAUAAUGGAGGCGGCUUGUUAGAGUUCGUCGCAAAGUGAAUUAAUUAGUGUCUAAAUAUUAAAGGGCAAUAAUGCUUUCAAUGACGUCUAAUUAAACGACCUAAAGCGUUAUUCGUACAAAGAUUAAUUAAACCACAUUAGGCGAAUACAUCUUCUCCACGUAGAGCAUUGACGUGUAACACGUACCUGUAGGUAGUAGUGAUUCUGUGCAAGGAAUUUAAAAAAGUGCAAACCCUCGACACCUCCAGUUAUAAAUAAAAUAUCGCGCCUUGAUGGACUUUGAAAUAAAAUGCGUUUAGAUAGAGAUAAUAGCCGGAUGGUGAUACGAAGAGAAAAAGAUGGGAGGGGGAAGAGAGGGGUGAAGGAGAUUUUGCAAAUUUACAAAAGAAUUAAUCGCGAAUUAAUACCAAAUUUGUAGUUCGCUUAAACGAGAUGAACACUUUACACACGCAAGUCCUAAUUCGAGAGCAAUAAAAAAAAGAAGUACUCUCCUUCGAAUCGUCCCAGGAGUACACACCCAAAUUAGCGUACAGAAAAUGAAAACUGAUAAUCUAAGUAUAUUGAUAUAAACGUGAAUGCUCGAUAUCACGUGAAAAAAGAAAGAAAGAGAAUAACAAAUUAAAUACACUGCUCUGAUCAGACACUCGACACGGAGCGCAAAUCUUGUUAACUGCUGGCUCGCAUUCUUUUGAUACAGAUCUGUAUUAUUAUUUAUUAUCGUUCUUAUUGUUACUACUGUUAUCAAUCUUUUUAAGUCGCGCACGAAUUCGUCAGUCGUACUACGAGCCGGGAUGUUGAACUUUAUGUUAUAAAUUGUUAAAAUUCCCUCUUGGAUCGUGGAUUAUUUAAUGAAAUACAUAUCAAUACGGAUGAGAAGUUAUAUCGUCAUGAUUGUCUCUCAAUGUCAAUGAUCUGGCAACUUGACAGUACAAUUUCUUAAGGUCCUUUGACAACAUAUCGGUCAUAAUGUUCAUCUAGCAAUAACAGAGUCUCAUCUCGUCACAUCACUGCCCUAUCCUUGAGCAAAACUGCUGUUUCUCUAAUGCGUGAUAUUUCGCUAAAAAUAUAUAAAAACGUCCACUCCAAUUCCAGGAGGAGAUAGGAAUUAUAAAGGAAACUAGUAAAAAAUAAGAGCAGAGAGAACGGGAUACAAAAAAAUAAUAAAUAUGUCAGACGUAUUCACUGAAACGAGACAUUGUUGUCCAAUGUAAAUGACAAAGCAGCCUCGAUCUUCCUAUUGUAUCAAGAGAAUGUCCAAGUCAAGAUUUAUGAAUUUAUUUAUAAAUAAUUAUUGUAAAAUGAUAUAUUGUACACACAGAGACACACCUUGUAUAGAAAAAUAUUGUAUCAAUAAAGUGUUAAACGGUUACAAAAAAUGAGAAGAACAA